AUGACAGAUUCCAGCAAUGGUGAACAUCUCUGCAAAGAACUGCGAGAUGCACACCGUGAACAGCUCAUGGGGAUCCGUCGAGAAGAGGAAAUGGAAAUGUCUGAUCAUGACAGCAGGUACAUCCCAAAUAAAAAAGUCAGAGUCGACGAAUCAGCUUUAGCAGCUCAGGCUUAUGCACUAAAAGAAAAAAAUGACAGUCUACGGUGUCAGCUGGAUGCAUACAGGAAUGAGGUGGAGCUUCUAAAACAAGAGAAGGGACAUCAUGGUCGGACUGAGGAAAGCCUAACAAAAGACCAGUAA